ACGAACCAAGCAGCCCCCCUUUUUCCUCCUUCAACCAACAGCCCUAACCAAACCACCAAUUCGUCCGUCACCUCACCGCCACCACGCCCAUAUCCCACAAAAUCCGCUACCUACACCCCUCUUCUCCUUCCUCACACUCCAUCUAUGAAGCUUCAGGCUCCAUGUGCAAUUUCAGCAGAUUUCAUGGCUCUUCAAGAGGAUUCGGAGACCCGACGACGACAUUAGCCUCAGUUCGCUGUCACGGAGAAGAUGGAAAUUAAUCAAAACCUGCCAAACAUCCAAAUGAUAGUCUCAUCUCCUCACGACCUGCAAACUUGGUGGAGGAACAUAAAAGUGGCACACGGAGAGGAAAUUCGACAACAUCUAGGGUCGUUAAUGUCACUAAUGGGUAUCCAAGCUAACAAAACUCUCACCAAGCUGCCGAUAGAAUUUUGGGAUCCCGCCAGUGUAACCUUCAACUUUUUGGAUUUUGAGAUAACCCCUACUUUAGAGGAAGUUUGUGGAUUCACCGACUUACCAUUUGAGGGAAGAAUGCCGGUGUUACCAUCCUUCAUAUCGAGAGAGAAAUUCUUGCGCAUUUUGGGAUUUAAUGUAUACCCGGUCUUGAGGAACGUGGAAAAUGAUCGAGUGAAGUUUGACUUCCUUUUUCAGAGAUUUGGGCGCCGAGAAAGCUUUGAUCGAUAUCGGGAUGAGUUUUCGUCUGACCGCGUAAGGUGGGAGAAAAUGCGGUCACGAGUCUUCGCUAUAGCCCUGUUGGGAGUCUUGGUUUUCCCAAAGAGAGCCUACCGAAUCAAUAUUAACCUUUUGCCACUUGUUAUGAAUAUCUUCUCGGGACCGGAUGAAUUGACAUUGGUCCCUAUGAUCCUCGCGGAGAUGCUCCAAGCUCUAUCAGCUUGUUGAAGAGGGCAUAACUUUUUCGAGAGGUGUAAUCUCUUGCUGCAGUUAUGGGCCACGGAACACUUCUAUACUCGCCCCCCCCCCCCCCCCCCCAAUCAUGGAUUACUGCAUAGAUGCUCGCAGCAGAAUUCAGAGCCAUACGGAAAGAAUGAGGUACUGGCCUGAACCUACAGGAGAAGAGGAGUGGCGCGCAUUCUUGGUUCCGCUCACGGGAGAUGCUAUUCAGUGGAAAUACCCCUGGCUAUCAGGGAGACCUUUGGUAAGAACUGCGAACCUAUACUUCGUUGAGUUGAUCGGGUUGGACGGGAUUCAACCGUAUGCGUCUCUUAGGGUCCUGAGGCAGUUUGGAGUUACACAAGAUGUCCCAGUCUGGUCCCGCAUGGCACUGCAUGAAAGUAACUAUGAUAGGGUGGUUCCAGUAGCACGAGUGAGAAUUCUACAAAGAGAAUGGCUGAACAUGAUCACAAUUGGUAUGGGUGACGAAAGUUGGUGCACACCCGAGUAUUACGCCUGGUAUAAUGUGGGAGGCCUGGCACUUUUGUUAACCGAGGACGGAUUCGGUGGGCUCACGGACGAUGAUGUAGCCGUUUGGCUUGCAGUUGAGAUAUUGCCUCUCAUGAACGUCAAUAAUGAUAUGUACAGGCAGGUAGUUCCGGGUUCAGUAAACCAUCUGAUACAACUGGUAGAAGAGGAAGAUCCGAUGGAGCCGGAAGAUGAGAUGGAAGAGGAUCCUGAAGAAGAACCGACAGAGCCAGAUGAACCGAUAGAAGAGGAUCCGGAAGAAGAUCUAGAGUGGGAAUCAGAGCGUAAUCUUGUAAUGGAGGUAGAGCCGGAGAAAUCACCUGAGUACACUCCAGCAGGAUAUUCAGAGGAGGAACCGGAGGUGCAGUCCGAGUACAGGCCUACAGUACAUGGUAUAGAGGAGGGACCUGAGUAUGAUCUGGAGGCAAGUUGGGAGAUAGAGACAGACCCAAAGGAAGAACUUGAGUACGACCCAGGGCUUGAUUGUGAUCCAGCAUAUGACAGGGAUGACAAUGACGGCCCGUAUGGCCCAAUCCCUUUGUACGCCCUCGUGCCCCCUCCCCAUUUGCAUUUCCAUUUCAAAUUUUCAUCGACCCAUUCCUUUUGUAUGCCUUUAUGGCCACCCCCUUUGUGUUUUAUCAUUUCAGGUUGCCAUAGGCCUAUCCUUGUAAGCUCUUGAGCUAUCUUUUGCUGGAAUGGAAGUUAUGUUUGUUCUAAAAAAUCACAGAAUGUGUCAAAAAGGAUCAUCAUCAUCAACUUGUGUGUAAUGUAGGCUUACCUCUGGCAAAAAGAGGCUCCACAAUUAGGAAACGCUUGUUUGCACGUCAACUUGACGUAAUUAGUUGAUUAAAAAUGUUGCUCUACUUUUUCUAAAGCUUUCCGAACUAACCUUUUUGU